AUGGUUCCUAGGCACAUGGCUAUCGGGGGCGCAAACGAAACAAUUCGCUUUGCGAUCUUUGGUCGCGUCGUUAUCGAUACUCACACAAGCUUCCAACGGUUCCCGGCGGCUCUGUCUCAAUCUCACAAGCCACUUAACGGCUCUGAAUCGUCGGUAGUUGCCGAUUCUUCGAUCAGGGCCACAAAUUGUGAAAUCAUUUCCAGGCAUGUCUGCAGAAUGAUAUCAAUCACCACUCGGGUUGAGUCAACCAAUAUGUCUCUUCCCUGA